CAGCCAACAGGUUAUAAAUGCUGUCCAUACAUUUAAAUUCGGUUUUAUACCUGAAUGGCCGUGAACGUUUGUGGUACUGAAAAUUUGAUAUUCUGAGGAUAUGCUGUCCUGGAUGAUCUAAUGGCGGACUGUCAGUUAGGAGAUGACCAAUGGCUGGAGAGGAAGGCCGUGUUGAAGGACCAGACAGUCCUCCAUGACUACAUAGCAGGAGCCAUUGGAGGUGGUGCUGGAAUGGUAGUUGGCUAUCCCUUCGACACAGUUAAGGUGCUGCUGCAGAUACAGGGAGGCGGGAACCGCUACAACAACAUCCUGGACUGUGUCAAGAAUCUCCACACACAAACAACACUGUCAAAUGGUUUUUUCCGUGGUUUGUCAUGGCCCCUGAUGUCAAGUGUCGCCCUCACGUCCAUCUUCUUUGGCGCAUAUGGGACAACUCUGUCUCUUCUUGGUCACCAGAGGGAGUCUUCACAGCGCAGCGCCACCUACUAUUCGACAGUCUUAGCUGCAGGUUGUGUUGCUGGUGCUGCUCAACUGCCCUUGUCAUGCCCGGUAGACACACUGAAGAUCGUCCUGCAGUCUCAGAUACCCCAGGGUGACAAGCUAGAUGCACACAAAAAAUUCAACCGUGGCCCCACUACAGCAGCUAUGGAUAUUAUCCGUCUUCGAGGGAUACAAGGCUUAUACAGAGGAUUAAGUGCACAGGCCUUGAGAGACAUCCCAGUCAGUGGUAUUUUCAUGAUGACUUAUGAACUACUGACACACACAACCACCAGUGUGAUGCCCACAGUUCCAUCUCAGGUCAUCAACUUUUUCUCUGGAGGACUCAGUGGUAUAAUCAGCUGGUCCUGUAUUCUACCUGUUGAUGUAGUCAAGAGCCGGAUACAAGCAGACCCAGAGAGGCGCCUGUACAGUGGAUUGUGGGAUUGUGCCACAAAAAGUUAUAAAACAGAUGGAGGGAAGAUAUUUUUUAAAGGUGCUGUGGUAAUAUAUCUACGGUCCUUCACGUUGAAUGCAGUCAUCUUGAUGGUGUAUUCUGAAUGUCUUAAAUUGUUCAAGCAGUACCUGUGAGCUAUGAUGCUGUAGCUUGCCCGAAGCACCGAAUUCAAUCGCUGCCCUGAGAACACUGAAUUUACCCACAAGCCUGUAUGAAAAUUGUAUUUUCUGAAACGAUCAAAUCUCAAUAAAACCAGACCUUCGAUUCAUUAUCGUAGUAGUGCUUGUAGGAAACAUAUUUUCGUUUAUCGUGCCUAUGUGUUCUUAUUGAACAUGGAUUCAAUAAAAUCUCAUAAUAUCU